CAUAUGUACCCUUAAUAAAGUUUCAAAACUCAUACAUCCUGGUACACUAGUGACUACAAGGGUAUCAUGGUAAUUUCAUCACCCACCGAACAAGAUAUCCAAUUACCCAAAAUUCAAGGGGGGUAUCUCCAUAAAUGCCCGAAAAAUAGCCAAACGAAAAAGCACCAAAAAAGGAAAAGAAACGCGAGUUCAUAUAAAGAAAGAAAGAAAGAAAGAAAGAACGAACUCGAGAACGAGCUCGUUUUCAUUCUCGCUUUCACUCGGUGGGGGUGAUGGGGGUCGGGUCACCGGUGGUGAUCUUAAAGCUAGUGCUCACCGUGAUCAUGGUGCUGGGCACCGCCGAAGCGGCGUCGUGGUGCGUGGCGCGCAGCGGCGCGUCGGCGACGGCGCUUCAGAGCGCGCUCGACUACGCCUGCGGAGCCGGCGCCGCCGACUGCGUCCCCAUCCUUCCCAACGGUCUCUGCUACCUCCCCAACACCCUCCAAUCCCACGCCUCCUACGCCUUUAAUGGCUACUUCCAGCGAUCCAACCAGGCUCCCGGCUCCUGCGACUUCUCCGGCACCGCCACCACCACCAUCUCCGAUCCCAGUUAUGGAUCAUGCACAUAUCCUUCAUCAGCAGGAAGUGCUGGCGGAACAACUCCACCACCUCCAAACACACCCAAUUCACCGUUCACACCAAGUCCGCCAGUCACACCAAGCCCUGGCGCGUUCACCCCUGGCUUUAGUCCACCAAACUUUAACUUUAGCCCACCCAGCUUUGGAUCGCCCGACGACACAUCCAAAGCUCCUCCUUGCCUCUCAUUUUUCUUCUUCUCUGGCUUAUUAUAUCAGCUUCUUCUGGUUCUCUUCUGAUCAA